CGAAAAUUUUAAAGUCUUUUGUCGUGUACAUAAAAAGCAAAACGCUAAUGACAAUCGAAUUAAUAUCAAAUGUCGUGUAGAGUGCAUGUCCGCUCGUUUACCGUUCGUUUUAGCGGUGAAGCUAAGCUAAUAGAACGUUGCUCCAGUUUACGUGUGUGAGAGUGGAUUAAUGCUAUUUCACCCACCUUUUCUCAUUAAAAAAAAUGGAUCCAGAUUUUACAGCUCAACUGUCGCAUCUCGGCUGUGAAAAUGGACACAAGAGCUUUGAAGAACCCAUAUCGAGACUACGAUGGGAGCCCUGCGGCCACAUAUGGCCUGUUUGAUUCUCACGGGAAGCUCACAUCAGAGUUUGCCCAGAGGCUGAGUAUCAAGAUCAAGGAGCUUUUAGCCAUCAUGGAAGAGGGACUGAAGUCAGCAGAUCCCAGAAAUUGCACCAGUUACACAGGCUGGGCAGGCAUUGCUCUACUCUACCUGCACCUCCACAGUGUGUUCAGAGAGGAAGCCUUUCUCCUCAGAGCUAAUGAGUACGUCAGCCGCAGCCUCCAAUGCCUAACCAGACGCCAUGAUGUCACGUUCCUUUGUGGUGACUCAGGACCACUGGCUGUGGCUGCUGUCGUAUACUAUCGCAUGCAGAGGGUGCAAGAGUGUGAUGAGUGCAUCAACAGACUGCUGCAGGACUACCAGCGGGUGGUGAAGGGAUCAGGCGAGCUGCCAGAUGAGCUGCUGUAUGGCCGUAUGGGCUACCUCUACUCUCUCAUCUUUAUCAACCAGCAGCUGGGGCAAGACAAAAUCCCACUGCAGUACAUUCAACAGAUCAGCGAGGCUGUGCUGGUGUCAGGGGAGCACCAGAGCAGGAAGUUCAGGAUUCAGAACCAAAGCCCUCUGAUGUACGAGUGGUACCAGGAGCAUUAUGUUGGCGCCGCCCAUGGCCUGGCAGGCAUCUAUUACUACCUGAUGCAGCCGGGCUUUGUGUGCAGUGAAGAAAAUGUCCUCCGGCUGGUGAAACCUAGCGUGGAUUACGUCUGCCGACUUAAGUUCCCUACAGGAAACUACCCUGCCUGCAUCGGUGACGAGCGAGACCUGCUGGUCCACUGGUGCCAUGGAUCACCAGGCGUCAUCUACAUGCUUCUGCAGGCACACAAGAUUUUUGGGGAUCCUCACUACCUGGAGUAUGCACUGCAGUGUGGUGAAGUGGUCUGGCACUGGGGUCUGCUGAGGAAGGGCUAUGGUUUGUGUCAUGGUGCCGCAGGUAACGCCUACGUUUUCCUGGCUCUCUACCGGCUAACACAGGAUCCCAAGCACCUUUACAGAGCCUGUAUGUUUGCUGACUGGUGUAUGAACUAUGGCAGACACGGAUGCCGAACACCUGACACCCCGUUCUCCCUUUUCGAAGGCAUGGCUGGCACCAUCUAUUUCCUGGUCGACAUUCUGCAGCCUGCGAAGGCCAGGUUUCCAGCUUUUGAGGUGUAAUAUGUUCUCCACCUUGCUGCAAUAUGACAAGUGAGAAGAUUCAUGUUGCUGCUCUCUCUGAUGUCUCAUCAUCUGUCUCAGUAAACUAAUCUCCAAGGACCUGAAAAAGUUACACCGGAGCUCGACGUUGAGUCGUGCUCCCGACAUUUGUGCCAUGUUUCUGCCUGCUCUUCACCACGUUGUAAGCUUUGACGUGCUAUUGAAGAGAUGUGCCGUGUGUGCUGCUUGUGAUUGUUUUGGGCUCUAUAGAAAAGAAAUAGCACUUGUAUUCUGUAAUGAGUAAGAUGGGAUUUUUUUUAAGGCUUUAUAAAACAAUGUUUUCGUUAGUUUCCAAAUGCUUUUGUUUAAUAUUUCAAACAUUCUUUCUUUUUUUGAUGUUAAGUUUUUUAAACAUUAGCACUAUAUUACUUGCACUAAACUGUCUGAGCAAAUUUCUGUCUUUUGGUGUUGUGUCAAAGGGGGGCAGCAGUGAGAAAAAAAACUUUGCAACUAAAUAUGCUUAAUAACUUAAAUCUACUCAUCAAAUAAAGUACAGUGACUCAAUAAAUCCA